CAAAAUUGUUUUGUAACGCAAGAGGCGACAGAAUUCUUGCUCUACACGGAUUUGUUAAUUUGUCUUGGACUGAGAUAUAAUUUCCUGGAAAAUUGUUGCACCACACUUCGAGCUCCACAACCCCAUUCACCAUUCUGGCGAAUUUAAGUUCGGCCUGCUGGCCUCAGUAGGCCUUCAACAAAGUUAAGCAGUUUCUAGACUUGUGACAAAUCAAAUAAGGAAAUAGAACAUGUUCAACGGUGACUUUCGUCGACGGCCUGAGCAAAAUUUGGGUGGUGCUGGCCGCAACAGACAGCGCGAUGCUCUUCUGGAACGUGCCCAAGCCGAAAGAGCCAAAAGAGAAGAGCAACGAAGAAGGUGGGCAGCUGCAGUUCAAGUGCAGGCCUUUGUGAGAGGAUGCCUGAGUCGAGAAAGAACUCGGAUAGCAGAACGGCUGCACUUCGACACCAUGGUCAAAUCGAAACCGGACGAUUUGGACCACUUGGUCAGUCAACUCCUUCUUUUCUACAGACCAAAAACAGAUUCCCAGAGAUUUGCAUGGUUGUGCAAAGAACUGCUCAAGAAACAAGGAAUGGUCCUCUCGUGGUGCGAGUCUUCCCUUGAGUGGAUGUGGAGACUUCGAAGGCUCGUCAGAGUUGCUUUGACGCAAAUGACGGAGGAGGAAGGCAACAUCGCUAUGCCUUUGAGACUGCUUGAAGUAUUCCUCAGCAAACUGUCAAGCCGUCAGACUUUCAUUUACCUAGCCAAAAAAGGGUAUUUUAAGCAGAUGCGGCAACUGUUUGACAGUAAAGUACCACCCAUGAUGGAAGGAAGUCCUGUUUCCCCAAUUUCCUUGUGUCUCCUGGAAUUACUCAAAGCGCCAAUAUUUUUAGACGAGCCAGAUGAUAAAUAUAAUGAUUGUGUGCAGUACCAUUUUGCCAAGGAAUUCUUGGUUUCACCUUUGUCUGACUCCUUGCGCCUCUUUGUUCUUCCAUCCUUGGCCCCUGGCUAUCCCAUCUACGCCCUGGCACGAGUGCUGCAAAGCCUGCCUUCAUCUGUCAUCCUCUUGUACUCUCUUCUCAGUCUGGAAGAUUCCCAGUCCAGUCCAACCUCCAAAGAGAAAACUCUCUACUAUAUUGCCGCACUCAGCCACCUGACUGAACAACUACAACCUAUUUCCGAAGAGGAUGACGACGAGCCAAAAAAAUCCUCAGCACUAGCAAGCCAAUGCCUAGCAAUGUUAGAUGAAGACUGGAGAGUGAAUCGACUGCUAGCAGCAAUAGACGUUGAGAAUCUUAGUGCCGAAAUGCAAAGAGCCAUAUGCACACUGUGCCAUCACCUUUUGCUGGCUCACAAACAAGCAGCAAAUAAUUUUAGAGUCCUGUACACCCUGGCAUUUCGUCCCUCGUUUUUACGGAACCUGUGGCAAACGUUGAGCAACACUUAUCGAGCUUCAGACUUUCAAAGCCAAGCUCUGCUGCUGCGGGUGCUGGCAAGGGGGCUCGAGUUGUCCUCUGAAGAAGUCGUCACUCUUGUUCCCUCUCUUGCAGUGUUCUGCUCCCUUUUUGCACUUCUGCUCCUAACUAUUCACGAUUCCGAGUUUUGGGGAGAGACGCAAGGAGGAAAUUCCAUGCCCUUCACUGUGUCCGAGCUCAUUCCUCUCAGCACAGAGUUGAAAGGUGUAUGCCUGGGCCUCAUUCGACUGGCGUACCCAGAGUCUCGACUUCAAAUGAGAGCGGAGUACUUAAAUGUUGUCCGACCCAGUGGUCAGCAGAAGGGGACAAACACCUCCGUUUGGCGGCACCUUUUCAACGUGUCUGUUGAUUUGCUGAGAGCUUUGCACGCUCGAGACACAAGACGGAGUUUCUGCUCUGAAGACCACUGGAUUGCUCAGGGCGUGAUGGUGCCAGGGCUGGGUGUCAGCAAACAUAACAUGAGGCACAGCUACAAGCCUUUCAAACGACUGCUCAACCAUGACCCCAUGAACUUGGAACAAGGACCUCCGCUAUCAAACAGUGAAAUAAGACAAAUGGCCAUUUUACAAGAAAUGCCAUUUGUGGUACCUUUCCAACAGAGAGUUCUUCUAUUCCAAACCCUGGUCUUGCAAGAAAAAGAGGAGUACCAAGCAACGGCUGCAUUCCUCACCGGUCCCCAAAUACAAAUUAUAGUGCGCCGAAAUUACCUCUAUGAAGAUGCAUUCGAAAAACUAUCUCCCGAAAAUGAACCUGAGGUUCGAAGUAAAAUGAGGGUGCAGUUGGUCAACACAGCUGGGCUAGACGAAGCGGGAGUUGACGGUGGUGGAGUCUUCAGAGAAUUUCUUUCCGAGCUUCUCAAGACUGCAUUCGAUCCCAACAGAGGAUUUUUCCGACUGACGGCUGAUAACCAGCUCUACCCAAACCCCAGUGUUCAUAUGAUUAUUGAGAACUUUCAUCAACAUUACUUUUUCAUCGGAAGAAUGCUUGGAAAGGCACUGUUUGAAAACUUGCUCGUCGAACUGCCUCUAGCAGAAUUCUUCCUGACCAAACUAGUUGGAGGUGCCAAAUCUGAUGUUGGUGUCCACCAACUCGCCUCACUUGAUCCUGUGAUGUACAAGAACUUGAUUUCUCUCAAAGGCUACGAUAAUGAGGAGGAUGUGUCCGAUUUGAACCUCGACUUCACAGUGGUUAAUAAUGAAUUGGGCGAAUCCAAAGUAGAGGAGCUGAAACCAGGAGGGGCCUUGACCUCUGUCACUUUGGCCAAUAGGAUUGAAUAUAUUCAUUUAAUUGCUGAUUACAAGCUCAACCGACAAAUUAGGGCCCAGUGCAAUGCAUUCAAACAGGGUCUUGCUGACGUUAUUCCCCUUGAAUGGUUGCAAAUGUUUGAUUACAAGGAAUUUCAAGUGCUGAUUUCUGGAGCGCCAAUCCCUGUAAAUCUCAACGACUUGAGAUCCCACACUCAAUACACUGGUGGAUAUUCACCAGAUCAUCCAAUCAUUGGCUCGUUUUGGCGGGUAGUUGACACUUUCAAUGAUAUCCAACGCAGACAACUCUUAAAGUUUGUCACUAGCUGCUCAAGACCGCCUCUGUUAGGGUUCAAGGAAUUGUACCCGCCAUUCUGCAUUCAAAUGGCCGGCACAGACGAAAGACUUCCGUCUGCCAGCACAUGCAUGAAUCUUUUGAAGCUGCCACAAUUUAAGGAUGAAGAUACUCUGAAGACUAAGCUGUUGUAUGCAAUUCAAUCCGGAGCUGGUUUUGAACUUAGUUAAUCAACAAGUCAAUGUGAUACUCUGUGAAUGAUUAAACACCUAAUGAAGUCACACAAGUAUACGCCUUUU